AUGGGGUUGGUGGGUGGAGAGGAAAAUAAGAAUGCUACUGAGAAUGGAGUGUCUGGUUCUGAAUUUCCACUUGGGAGCAAGACCAAGUACAAGAGAAUGGAUUCCGAGGUUGUAGACACAGAGGAAGAUGUUCCAUUGACAAAGGAAAACCGAAAUACCAAGAAAUAUGUCUUUGCCUGCGCCAUCUUUGCCUCUCUCAAUUCCGUGCUUCUUGGAUACGAUGUGGGUGUUAUGAGUGGAGCAAUUUUGUUCAUCCAAGAGGAUCUAAAAAUCACAGACGUACAACAAGAACUUCUUGUUGGAAUUUUGAGCAUAAUCUCCCUAUUGGGUAGUUUAGCAGGUGGAAAAACAUCAGAUGCCAUUGGUAGAAAGUGGACAAUUGCAUUUGCAUCCUUUGUCUUUCAGACUGGUGCUCUCAUAAUGGCUCUUGCUCCUUCUUUUGAAGUGCUGAUGAUUGGUAGACUCUUUGCCGGAGUGGGGAUAGGGUUCGGGGUCAUGAUCGCACCUGUUUACAUUGCUGAGAUUUCUCCUGCAAUAGCCAGAGGCUCUCUUACAUCUUUUCCUGAGAUUUUUGUAAAUCUAGGUAUCCUUCUUGGAUACAUAUCAAACUAUGCUUUUUCGGGACUUCCAGUGCAUAUAAGCUGGAGGGUCAUGCUUGGUGUGGGAAUCAUACCUUCAGUCUUUCUUGGAUUUUCUCUUUUUGUGAUCCCUGAAUCUCCAAGGUGGUUGGUGAUGCAGAAUAGGAUUGAAGAAGCAAAAAUAGUACUGACCAAGACAAAUGAGAGUGAAAGUGAUGUGGAGGAAAGAUUGGCUGAAAUACAAUUAGCUGCAGGGAUGGCUAAUGCUGAAAAGUAUGAAGCAAAAGCUAUAUGGAACGAAAUUUUGAAUCCUAAUCCUGCAGUUCGUCGAAUGCUGAUUACUGGUUGUGGAAUCCAAUGUUUCCAACAGAUUACCGGUAUUGAUGCAACUGUGUAUUAUAGUCCAACAAUUUUCAAAAAUGCUGGGAUCAAAGGCAACACUCAACUUCUUGCUGCAACUGUUAUUGUUGGGUUUACCAAAACUGUGUUCAUCUUGGUAGCCAUCUUUCUCAUUGAUAGAGUGGGCAGAAAGCCUUUGCUUUAUGUGAGCACAAUAGGAAUGACCACUUGUUUAUUUGGUCUGAGCCUUGCUCUAGCUCUUCCAGGAAAUGGAAAACUGGGAAUUGGAUUGGCAAUAUUAACUGUUUGUGGAAAUGUAGCUUUCUUUUCAGUAGGAAUUGGCCCAAUUUGUUGGGUCUUGUCAUCUGAAGUCUUCCCUCUUAAACUUCGAGCUCAAGCAUCCGCCCUGGGGGCUGUUGGUAGUAGGGUUAGUAGUGGUGUGAUUACCAUGUCCUUCCUCUCCGUGUCUCGAGCGAUAACAGUAGCAGGAACCUUCUUUAUUUUUUCAGUGAUUUCAGCUCUCUCUGUUGCUUUUGUCCAUACAUGUGUUCCAGAAACAAAAGGAAAGUCUUUAGAAGAAAUUGAAAUGCUUUUCCAAGAUAAAGGAGAAUGGCAAAGCGGUGAGGUUGAAAUGGGAGAUGCAGAGCGUCUAGUGCAGAAAGCAUGA